GGACCUUCUUCAGAUUCCAUGUGCGGCCCCAGCGGCCCUGGUUCUGUGCCAUCUCUGGGGACUGAGGAGCUGGUCAGGGCUGGAGACACCCUGAGCCCGGGCCCUGGCUCCCGUGGCCUAGAACCCAUGGACAGCCCUGGUCUUUCCCACUGCAGUUUCGAUAACUACUCAGCCAAUGUGAUGGUGGACGGGAAGCCCGUGAACCUGGGGCUGUGGGACACCGCUGGGCAGGAAGACUACGACCGGCUGCGGCCACUCUCCUAUCCUCAAACCGACGUUUUUCUGAUCUGCUUCUCCCUUGUGAGCCCAGCCUCCUUUGAGAAUGUCCGUGCCAAGUGGUACCCAGAGGUGCGGCAUCACUGCCCACACACGCCCAUCCUCCUGGUGGGCACCAAGCUGGACCUUCGAGAUGACAAGGACACCAUUGAGCGGCUUCGGGACAAGAAGCUCGCUCCCAUCACCUACCCACAGGGCCUGGCCAUGGCCCGGGAGAUUGGGUCUGUCAAGUACUUGGAGUGUUCAGCCCUGACACAGAGAGGUCUGAAGACGGUGUUCGACGAGGCCAUCCGGGCGGUGCUCUGCCCGCCUCCAGUGAAGAAGCCUGGCAAGAAGUGCACGGUCUUCUAGAGCCCGCCCGCGGGGCGGCCCUGGCCCCUGUGUGCCCUUGUGUUGCUGUCUGGUGUCCCUGAGUCUGCUGUGGGGAGUGGUGUGGGCGGGGAGGGGAAGCAUGGGGACGAGGCUGGGUGAGGGCUCGGCCUCCUCCGCCUCCUUUCUGGGUGCUCCUCCAGCCUUCCCCCAUGGGAGCCAGGAGGGAGCGGGGUCUCCCUCAGGGCUGCAGGGGUAGGCAC